AUAGAUAGUCUAGAAGGUCGCUAAUUGAAUUCGCGCCAAGGGUCAAUGGUCAAAUUGUAAUUUUACGUAAUCUUAUGGCUUUUUCAUGAAUGUUCUGAAGGUGGCGGUAGCUUAAUCGAUUAUCUCGAGUCCUACAGCAGGGAAAGCACCUCAAUGGCUAUGGCUAUCUCGACUCUGGCUUCAGUUUCUUCGUCGUUUUCUCUUUUGGAUUCAUGGCUGCAGAAGGUAGAGCUAAGAGAGAGGAAUUCACAGUGUCGGAGCUUCUAUUUGGAAUCAAAGAUUCAGAGCGACGGUCAUGGACGGCGAGUAUGGCGACGGAGAAAAUUGACAAAGAAGGAUGACAUGUUGCGUUACAAGAUGGAGCGGAUUCCCUUCUUGGAGGAGCAGGUGAGGAAGAUAAGAGAAGGGGGAAAGCUAUUGACAAUGGACAUAGAGAGACUCUUGCUAUCAGAGGAUAACCGAUUCGAUUUUGUGAAUGAGGUGGCAGCUGAGGCUAAAGAGUACGUUGAGAGAAACCGGGACGACUACGGAGGAUCAAAGAAAGCCAUCCUUCAUGUGCUCAGUAACCGAGUAAAUGAUGCAGGGUUCUACCGACCAGAUGGAUACGUGGAAUCCGACCCUUUCAAGCCAGGGCCUGGUUAUUUAAAAGAAGAAUUUACAUAAGCUUAGACAGAUAACCUGCAUACCAGCCAACCAAGAGUAGAUGUAUUACCUUAAGGUCUGGCCGAACUUAAUUCUGUAACUUCAAUUCAAGAUCAUUAACCUUCCAGUUAUCUGAUAGUUUGAUUGUCUGAUACUUGAUUAUACACAUGUGGGUCUGUAGAAUCUGGUCAUGAGAAUCUGUCAGUUCAGGAAA